AUGGCACUUAUAAAUAUAACAAAUAUCAUUUUCGAUCAAAGUACUGCUCUGUUCAAUACUCCAAUUUAAAUGCAAAUCACUUUUGAAGUGUUGAGGCAAUUAGAUUAAGAAUUAGAUUGGAAGUAUAAAAUGAUAAAAUAUUAGACUUAUUUACAUUGGGUCUCCUAAUAAUGAUAAGUAUGAUCAAGUAUUAGAGUAAUUUUCAAUGCCUCCUCUUUAAUAAGGGACAAUGCAGUUUACUUUAAUGACUUCUAGUCCCAAAUUAGAGUUAAUACCAAGUAAAGAAGAUUUAUUUGGCGCGACAGCAAUAAUAUUAAGUGUAAGAUAUAGAAACCAUGAAUUCUUUAGAGUAAUUAUUAAAUGUAUAACUAUAUUAUAGGUUGGAUAUUACGUUUAUAAUUCGUAUUUAGAUCCUGAUUUAAUUGAGAAUGAUCCUUCUUGUGUUAUAAUAGAUAAAAUUUAUAGAUAAAUUAAUACUUCAACACCAAGAAUUACUAGAACUAAUAUUGAUUGGGAUGGAUAAUUGGUUUAAUUGUAUGUUAAUCCACUUUAAUCCAAUAAUUAGUUUAUGUUCUAAUAAUAACCAAUAUUUAAUGAUAUUACAAAUAAUCAUUAAGAAUUCUAGCAAUAAUGUUAAGAGAAAUAAAAUUAACAUUAAUAAAAUAACAAACCAAUGUAUAAUAAUACACAAGGAACAAGUUUUUAAAGCAUAUUUUGAUAAUUUAUAUUUUAUAAUUUCUUAUUUUGUAUAAUAAAGAGGAUAUUNCUUGAAGAUAAAAAAAGUAUGUUCUUAAUUUAUAUUAUUUAGUUAACCAUCAUAAAUGAUGAACAUUUAUAAGAUUCAAUGACUGCUACGUGGCCCAUAGAAAAAAUUUAAAAUGUUGUUUAAAAGUAAUAUGAAUUAUUUAAUAUAGUUAUAUAGAAGAGAAUAAUAUAAAGGGAAUAAUUACAUUUGAUUAACAUGGUGUUUCAGGUCACUUAAAUCAUAUUGCAUGUUAUAAGGCAAUAUCUACAAUGAAAAGAUCAGAAGAGUUAAAGGUAUUUUUGUUAGAGACCACUAAUAUAUUAAGAAAGUAUAGUUCAAUUUUAGAUUUCUUUGUCUCUUCUAUCCUUAAUGAUAAUCUAAUGGUGAAUCUAAAUAUCUUUAAGGCAUGGAGAUCUAUGCAAAUUCAUCAUUCAUAAUUUGUAUGGUAUAGAAAGCUGUUUGUUGUGUUUUCGAGAUAUGCUUAUAUAAAUACGUUGAUUAAAAUUUGA